CUGUUUUAAUGGCCAUUUCUUUACUCGAUAAACAGUCAGUAUCAGCUCCCAAAGUUUCAAUCUUGGGGGAUUUGUUCAAUUCCCAUUUUCUGAUGAACAGUCAUAAUCAGCUCCCAAGUUUCAAUCUUCUGGAGUCAAUCUCAUAAAGUGCACAUUUUCUUUUCUUUAUUUUUUAUUUUUUUCCUAUUAAUGCUUCACUUUGCAACAAUGGCAAACAGCACCUACCACUGAUAACUCCUUCCCGUUCUCGUUACAAGUCCCAAGUUAAGUAGUGGGAUUCUUUCUUUCAAAAUCUCCCACCAGCAUUUUUGUUCUGAAAAGUAUUCAGAAAGUGAUUUCAUAGUGAAUUGCUUUUUAAGAUUCUGGGUUGAUAUCCAAAAAAUCAUUUCCAACCAAUUAUCUGGGUUCCUUUCGUUUCAAAUGAUUUGAAAAGCCUCAAAAUAUGUUUUUCAUUUUUCUUUUUUCCUUUCUCACGAGCUUUGGGAGAGAGAUCUAGUACUUAAAGGGGAAUCCUUUGUUCUUCAUUGACGGUACUCUGAUUGUUGGACGAAAAUGGUAUCUGGCCUCAACUUUGAAUUCUCAAAGAGGACUCACAUUUUCCACCUUAGGGUGUGGGUUUUGGUGGCCAUCUUCAUCGGAAUUUUCUGCGGAACUAUUUUGUUGUUGUUGCCAUUUUGUCUUUCUCGUAAAAAGUCAAAGAAGAAAGGUAGCCUGCAAGCCGCUCUUCCCGUUACCCAAAUUCCUGCUGUAUCCAAGGAAAUCAAAAUUGACCAGCAACAACCCAUCGUGAAGCAUUAUGUAUCAUCGUCCAAUGACAUGGAUUUACUUGCACUAGCUCUUCAGGAGAAGUUCAAUGAAAAAGAUUCGGUUAGGUUGUUGAGCAGCGAGAAGGCCGGAAAUGAUGCUGAUAAUAGCAGUCAAUCUGAUUAUUUUAAUACUUUGGAGAAGGAUGGGAAUGUCGAAUAUGAAUCAGGGGAGAAAAGGGGAGUGAUGUACCAUUCACAUCCUGUACAUGUUGCUUCUCCACUAUCAGGUCUACCCGAGUUUUCUCAUCUUGGUUGGGGCCAUUGGUUCACUCUAAGAGAUCUUGAGAUUGCGACAAACAAAUUUUCGAAACAAAAUAUUAUAGGUGAAGGUGGAUACGGAGUGGUUUAUCGUGGUCAAUUAAUCAAUGGGACGCCCGUGGCUGUCAAGAAAAUACUUAACAACAUUGGCGAAGCAGAGAAGGAAUUCAGGGUAGAAGUUGAGGCUAUCAGCCACGCUCGCCACAAAAAUUUGGUACGACUUCUCGGUUACUGCAUUGAAGGAACGCAGAGGUUAUUGAUAUACGAACACAUAAACAAUGGAAAUCUUGAGCAAUGGCUUCAUGGAGCCAUGAGCCAUUACGGGUAUCUCACUUGGGAAGCUCGAAUGAAAGUUUUAAUCGGCACUGCUAAGGCGCUUGCGUAUUUGCACGAGGCGCUGGAGCCUAAAGUGGUGCAUCGGGAUAUUAAAUCGAGCAAUAUACUGAUUGACGAUGACUUCAAUGCUAAACUCUCUGAUUUUGGACUUGUCAAGUUAUUGGGUGCAGGAAAAAGUCAUAUCACAACCAGAGUCAUGGGUACUUUUGGAUAUGUGGCGCCUGAAUAUGCAAACAGUGGUCUUUUGAACGAGAAAAGUGAUGUUUAUAGCUUUGGAGUGGUUUUGUUGGAAGCCAUUAGUGGACGAGAUCCUGUUGAUUAUGGCCGCCCUGCUCCUGAAGUAAAUUUAGUUGACUGGCUCAAAAUGAUGGUUGGCAGCAAACGCUUCGAAGAAGUUGUUGACCCAAAGAUUGAAACCAGGCCAUCUACGACAGCCCUAAAACGAGCCCUUCUAACAGCUUUGAGAUGUGUGGAUCCAGACGCUGAAAAAAGACCGGUCAUGAGUCAAAUAGUUCGCAUGCUUGAAUCAGAAGAUUAUCCGAUACUACGCGAGGUUUGCUUUAUGCCCUAAUAUCUUUUAGGGUCUUUCCAAGUUUCCUGUAGCUCGCAGCAGUAGCUGGGUCUACUUUAAGUUAGUUAGAAUGUGAUACGUCUGUUCAAAUAAUCAGGGUCGCAGGAAACGAAUGGAACAAGCCGAUGCACUGGAAGCUGGAUCCGAGAAAAGGAAGGAGAAAAAACAAACAUUAUGAAGGAAAAACUGACAUCGGAGCCACAGAGAUGAGGCAACCAGCAGUAAAAACACAGUAUGAGUAGUAAUUCUGGUUCAUGCCAAAGCAAAUCAUGCAGGCGAACAAAAGAUAGAUAAAUUAGGAUGAUUUGUGUAUAACUUCUUACGUUCAAAUGUCAAAACCAUCUACUACUGUAGGUGAAUAUUGAUUGGGCAGUAACCAUAUGGACGCGCACACAAAAGUGAAAGAAAAGUCUGUACAGGCCUUUGUCCAUUAUGUAUAUAUGCUUUCCCGUCGUACAUUAUAUGUAGUUAUUAAUCACUGAAAUUUUUCAGUUAAUUGAGAUCUAUCUAGAUCCUGGUCAGACAUAUUGAGCCUUUGUUUGAAAAAUUUUAGGAUGAAGAAGUUGUUUGGUGAGACUAAUUAUGUAUGGAGAUGUAUAUGACAUUUUGGGUGUAGGAAUAACGUUGACUGUAUUUGUACUGUUGUAAUUUUACCGGAUGGAAAAGAUUGAAAAAAACUUUGAC